AUGGAGAUUCUCUUAAAAUAAAUUCAACAUUUUUACAAUAACUAAAAAAUAAAUUUUAAAAUUAAGGAUAAGAAAAAGUUUUAAUAUUAAGUGUUUUAGGACCAUAGAGUUCAGGAAAAUCUACUAUUUUAAAUAAAAUUUUUGGAUGUCAUUUUUGGACAAGUGUUGGUAGAUGUACAAAGGGAAUUUAUUUAAACAUAUUAAAAAUAUAAUAUAAGGAAUACUUUAAUAAUCUAUUUGAUUAUAUCUUAAUACUAGAUUCAGAAGGAUUAUAAAAUCCCAAUUAGGUUGAUCCAGAGUUUGAUAAAAAGAUUGCUCUAUUUAUUUUAGCUAUUAGUGAUAUUAUUCUGAUAAAUGUUAAGGGAGAUAUUAAUGAUUCAUUUAAAAAUUUAGUUGAAAUGUGUAUAUUUACUCUGAUAACAAUGAAGAGUAACAUUUCUUCUAUUAAAUAAUUAAGUUGGUGUUUUAAUUAAAAUAAUGAUGGUAAUAAGUUUAUUCCAUUCUUAGAAUAAAUUUAAGGAAUUGCAAAUAAUUUGAAUCUAGAAUAUAAACAUGUAGAAGGAGAUGAUAACAAUUAAACUAUAGACUAUAAUGAAUUUCUGAAUAUUUCAAAGGAAAAUAUUUAAAUUCUAGGAUUUGCAUCAAUUGAAAAAUUAUGGAGAAAUAAAGAUAAUUUAGGUAAUUUUAAUGAUUGGAGAUAAUUAAUAAUUAAUGAAACAUAUUCAGAAGAAGCAUAUAUGUAUGGUAUAAGAAUGAUAAAGAAUUUUAUAAAUAAAUUUAAUUCAUAAACUGAAACAUCAUAAAUGUGCAGUUUGAGCUUAUUCUUAUAAAAUAUAAAUACCAAUUGGUAAACUAUAUGUAAUUUGCCAGAUUUAUUAGAGUUUACAGAAUUAAUAUCUUAUAAAAAAGAUUAGUUAAUGAAAAGUUUGUUUGAAUAAAUUUAUGAAGAGUAAGAUUUUAAAUUUAAAGAUGAAAUUGGAAAUGAACUAGAGGAAAAAGUAAACAAGAGCUCAACAAUAAAUUUAAGUUUGCUUGAAAAAAUCUAUAAUGAUGAAAAAGAAAACCUUAAAUUAAAAUUUAUUUAGAUUGAAGAAAGCCUAAAAGAAAAAUUACUUGAAUUUAAGUAAUUGAAUCAAAUCCCAAAAAAGAUUUUUCUAAAAUAUUUAAAAUAAUUAAGUGAGAGGCUUAAUACUACGAAACUAGAAUCUGAAGUUAUAGUAUUUGAAGAAAUAAAAAAUAAAGAAAGAGAGUAUUAAAACCAAAGAGGAUUUAAAUCUCUUGAUAAUUUUAUUCUUGAGAUUAGUAAAAAUGAGUAAAAAUUAAAGCAGUUUUAAGGCUAAGAAAUUUUAAUAAGAGAUUAAUUUGAGAAAUUAUGGUAAUAAAUUACUAAUGAUUCAGAGAAUAAGUAAAUAAAAAUAUUAAAAGAAUAUUCUGAAAAAUAAUAUUAAGCUAUUUCCUCAUUUACAGAGUACAAAUUGUUAACUAAAAAUGAAUUCGAUUAUAUUAAUUAUUUUACAGAACACAUAAAUGGGGAAACUCCUUUUAGGAAAGAGAAAGAAGAAAAGUUUAAUAUUUUCAAUAAGUUUUAAUAAGAAUUAUAAAUUUAAGAUUAAUUUAGAAUAAUUAUAAAUGCAAAAGAAACAAUGAGAUAUGUUGAAAUUUUCUAAUAAAAAUUGGAGAACAGAAUAAGAAAAGAUAAAACUAAAUACAAUGUAAUAAAAAUUAAUAACUAUUAUUUAUUUUAAAUCACCAUCUAUUUUGUUGAGAAAGAAAAAUUAAUAAAUUAUAUUAAAGGCCAAAACAUAAUUAAAGAUUUAGAUUUGAUUUUAUAGAAAUUUCAACAAAAAUAACAACAAUAAUAAAAUAAUUAGAAAGGCACUUCAAAAUAUAAUUGUAUUAAUAAUCAGAUCUGGUAAUUGUUGAUUUUAAUAGAAAUUUUUGAUAUAGAUUUUGAUUAAGAGUUAAGGAAAUAAUUAUUCAAUGUAAUUAAUAAUCCCGCUAAAUGGAAAAUGCUAUGGUCAGACUAUAAUGAUUAAGUAGUAAACUCAUUUAAGAAAUUUUAAGCCAGUUUUAACUAUAACUCUAAUAAAAUAAAAAAAACAACUCAUUAGACAUAAGAUAAUUUUCUUAAAAGUAUCUAAGAGUUCAACAAAAAUUUGUUAAUAGAAAACUUCAAAGUUAGUUGUGGCAAUGAGAAAGAAGUUGAAGAAUUCUAUUCCGAAUUUUAAAUUAAUAAUUUCAUUAUAUUCAGAAAACAAUUAAUUAUUCCUAAAACGUAAAAUUAAAAAUUUUAUGCUUAUUUAGAAUAUAUUUAGUCUAAAAAUAAUUCUCAUUAUGCUAGCUUUUAACUAGAUUUCAUUAAUAUUUUUAAAUAAGAAAUGUUUGCAGUAGAUGAAGAAAUGCUAUAAAAUAAGAAUUAGUAGAAAAUUUCUGAAUUAGAUAAAAUAAAUAGUUGGUAAAAGAUUUAUUUUUCAAUUUAUGAUUUAAUUAAAUCAGAGAUGACGAAAAAUAAUUGCAAAGAGAAUGAAAAUAAAGAUAAUUCAGAUAAUGAAGAUAUUUCCUCAUCUAAUACCAGUUUGAUUAAAAUUAUAAUGUCUAAAAUUGAGUAGGAAAUAAUUGAAUAUAAUAAAGGUUUUGCUAAUUUUGGUAUAAUAUUAAAUGGUAUAGGCGAAAGAUGCAUUUAUUAUUAUUCUAUGUUAAUCAUUUGGAGAUUUACAUGUUAUAAGAAAUGGAAAGGAAUAUAAUAAAGUAAAAAGAAAUUCGAAGAAGUGAAAUAAAAUCAGUUAUUGAAGUUUAUAGCUGAUAUCAAAAAAAAUAAAACUGAAUAAAGUAAAUUAAAAGCCCAGAAUCUAAUAAAUAAUGUAUAUAAGGAUUUCAUUUAAAAGUUUUAUAAAGAAAAUGAAUUAGCUGUUGGUCAAGCUAUAAAAGAUAAAAAUAUGGCUUGCGUGGAUUUAAUUAAAAUUUUAGAUAAAAAUAUUUUGAAAGAUUAUAAGAAAGAGCAAGACUCUAAAUAAUAUACUGAUAUAUAAAUAUAUGAAUAUAUAACAAAAUAAAGAGAGUUUAUUGAAAAAUAUGCUUAAAACUAAGUUUAAAAAAUUUAAGCAGAAGUUAAUUAAACAUUUGAAAUUGACUUGAGAGAAAAAUUAAAAACAUUUUUAGGACAAAUUUUAAAAAAUGUAGCCAUAUUAGUGUCUCAUACUGCUCUAUAAGACCCUCCUGUAAAAUCAAUUGAUUAUUUUGAUAUUAGUAAGGAUGACAAAAACCAAGAUGUAUUCUAUGAAAUUUUAUUAUUUAAAUUGAUACUAUAAUGUCUUUAAGGUAAGUAAGAAAAAAAAGGAGUAUAAAAUCAAAAUGAAUUAGAAUAAGAUUAAAAUGUUAAUAUUAUAGAAGAAUAUAAGGAAAUUUUUCAAGUUUCAAAUUAUAAAGCAAUAAAUAUUCCUAUUUUAAACAUAUCUCUAUUUUAAGACUCAGAAUAAUAAAUCUAACUUUUAAAACCUUUUGCUGAUGAAUUAUAAAAUUAAUUGUAAAUUCAUAUUUCAUAAAUUGAUAAAAAGGUGAAAUUAGAUUUAAGCAAAUUCUAAAGUUAUUCUGAAUUAGAUACAAUAAGACUAAAUAUGACUGGUUGUCUUCAUUCUUGUCCUAUGUGUAAACGUAAAUGUGAUUAAUCGAAUUCUAGCGGUCAUAAACACAAAUGUUCAAAUGGGCACUAAUUAAGAGGUAUCUAUCUAUUCUAUAUUUAAGGGAUGAAUGGAAUAUUAAUUGAAAAUACUCCUUCUUUAUUCACAUGUGAUGAGAUGAAUGAUGAAAGUUUAAUUACAACUUUGGAAACACAAGUAACAAAAUAAUGGAAAGAAAUUAGAAGGACAUAUGAUGAUUGGAUUUUUAUAGGUAUAGGAGAAACAGAAUUAGAAGAAAAUAAAAUAAAAAUGAUGAAAGUUUGGAAUGAAGGAACAGGAUAGAUGGUAUGCCAAUAGUUAAGAUAAAUAUUAAAUAAUCCUCUAAUCUGUUUUGUCCCAAAAAAUAAUUAUUAAGAAGUGGUUAGACACCCUAAAAUUCAUUAUGUUUUUAUAAUUGAUGAUUCUGGUUCUAUGCUAGGUAAAAGAUGGAUAAAAGCAAAGAAAAGUUGUUUAUAUUGCAUGAAAGAAAUAUCUAAAAAUAGUAAUGCAAGAGUGAGUGUAAUCAUUUUUAACUAUCAAGCUAGAAUUAUUGUUGACUGUGAAAUAGUUGAUAUAGAUUAAUGCGAAUAAAAGAUUGAUUAUGAUAGUGGAGAAACUAAUUUUUGUGGUACCUUUUAAAAGGCAUAUGAUUUGAUAAUCAAACAUUAAAAUUAUGCAUUCGAAAAGUAACACUUAUUUAUUUCAAUAGAACUGAAAUAUUAUUUUAUACUGAUGGAGCAGGAGAGUAUCCAAAAUAAGAAAUUUAAUAAUUUACUAUGUUUCCAGAGUAAUAGAGAGCAAGAAUAUUUCUUAAUUGCUGUACUGAAGAUAAGAAUCCUAUUACUUUAUAAAUGAUUGUUAAUGAAUUUAAUAGUAGUCUCAUUAAAUCUGAGUUAAAAAGUAACUUUUUAGUAGCAGAUCUAGAAAAAGCUUGGACUGAAAUAGUCAGUAGAGAUUAUCAUAAACUUAAAAGUUGA